CCAAAUCCCCAACGGCCACUUUGCAAAAUCGAUGGCGUCGCGCUUCCAGGCCGCCACUCUCGUGGCCGCUCCGUCGCACCCCAACGCCGUCGCCUGGUCCGACGAGAACCUCAUAGCCGUCGCCUCCGGCCACCUCGUCACCAUACUUAAUCCGGCGUCGCCUCUCGGACCGCGAGGCCUCAUCACUCUCCAAACUGGUGAGCCUUUUCCGAUCGGCGUUGUGGAAAGAGCAGAUUUACUGUCGGCCAGUUUGCUCCCGACCUGUUUGUCUCGGGACACUCGGCCCUGUGUUCGAUCAAUUUCGUGGUCCCCACUUGGACUCGCUCCAAACUCAGG